CUGAAUAUGCUUUGCAGGGCAUUUUUUAAAAAGUGGGACAACUGUCUUGAACAGCUGAGAGUAACUGGUCCAUUUGUCUGACUGGGCCACAAUAAAACAAAAGCAAUGAAAGAAAGCAUACUUCAGGUCUAUUGCAUAUUGGGAGUCGUCUUUGGGUUAGGCGUUGGGUUUCUGCUCAGGGCUACAAUUACUGUUACCCAACAAUUAAAAAGAUGGAUGAGCGUACCAGGGAGUGUGCUUCUACACAUGCUUCAGAUGUUUAGUCUCCCCCUCAUCGUGACAAGCGUGCUUGCAGGAGUAACUGGAUUAAACACCAAAAUGUCCCGGAAAACAGCCAUCAUCACAGGAACCUUCAUCUGUGGCUCUACCUUCAUAGUCGUAAUUCUUGCAAUGUUUCUGACUCUCACAAUUCGACCUGGUGUGGGAAAACAUGAAGAACACGCUUCAGAAGACGAGGAGGUGUCACCCUUCGUCUUGCACGUGAUCAUGCAGGACCUUGUAAGGAACAUGGUUCCAGAGAACUUCUUUCAGGCUUUCUAUGAGCAGUACAAGACUGAGAUUGUUCAGAUUAAAAGAAAAGAACCUGGCUUCUUACUUGAUCCAACACAGAAUGGCACUGAGACGAAACUAGUAGGCAAGUAUGUUCAGGGAGCCAACAUGUUAGGACUGGUCAUCUGGUCAUUCGUCAUCGGCAUCAUAUUAAAUAGGAUUGGACACGAGGCAAGAAGCACUGUGGAGGCCAUUCAAUGCCUCAAUGAUGCCAUAAAAAUCAUAGUCUUCUGGGUCUUGUGGUACUUGCCAAUUGGAGUUUUGUUCCUGGUUACAGAACAAGUGUUGAAUGUGCAUGACUGGGAUGCUGUCCUUAAGCUCACAAAGUUUGUAGGAGUGGUUUUUACAGGGCUAGCAACCCAAUCCUUGGUUAUUUUCCCCAUGAUUUACAUCAUUCUCAGCAGAAAGAACCCUUUUAUUAUCUUCAAGAAAAUCUUUAAGGCUUUGACGACAGCAUUUAUCAUCGCGUCCAGCGCCGCCACUCUGCCCGUCACCUUGCAAUGCUGUGAAGAGAAGGUGAAGAUCGAUAAGAAAAUCUGCCGCCUUUUUUUGCCCAUUGUCACCAGCAUCAAUAGAACUGGAACGACGCUCUAUGAAGUGACCGCUACCAUCUUUAUUGCCCAGCUUCAUGAUAUCAAGCUGGGUGUCGGCCAGCUAAUCGCCAUUGGCUUGUCUAGUUCCAUUGUCACCUUUGGAACUGCAGGGAUCCCAGCGAUAGGAGCUGAGACCACUAUCCUGAUUCUGACAGCUGUAGGACUGCCUGCAGAGGAAGCUGUCCUUCUGAUUGCGUUGGAGUGGAUUAUAGACCAUUUCCUUACCGCGGUGAAUGUGCUAGUAAAUGUCUAUGGUGUUGUUAUUGCCGAUCUUGUGUGGCAUGACGAGCUGGUGAGCCUGGACAAAAAACCACGCGUUGAAAAGAUUCGUUCCAUCAAGGACAUUGAGCUGGACUUAUCCUUUUUGGACUCUGAUGAAGAGUUCAUCUCCUCCACCCCUUCUUCCCCGUCAAGAUCCAUUUCACCUACGAGAGGGGAUCAUCUCGGAAGCAUAGUAACGCCAACAAGCUGAAACCUUCAGAUAGGGAUGUCAUCGUCCUCGGCUGUCUGAGCUGACCAUUUCCUUUUUUGCCUUUUGUUUAUUAGGAUGGGGCUAUAUCAGUUUAUUCAUCAGUAUUUAGUUUGUUUUUUAUUUUAAUUUUGCAACUUUUAAAUGAUCUAUUUGU